CAAAUUUAAGUAGAGAUUUAUUUUACUUCAUUUUAAAAAAAAUAAUUGUUUAGUUUAUAUUAUUUUCCCUCAGGAAAACCCAACAAAGAGCAUUAAUGUUUCGUCAAUUUUGCCUUUUUUUCACAUCUAAGUGUCAUGUUUUCUGGUUUUGUGUUUUUUCUUAAAAGGGAAUCUCAAAUGUUGUUCGGUGUGAAUUACACGUCCUUAUUCCUUUUAGACCUUUAGUUUUGGGGAACCUUUGAAAAGAAAAGCUGAAUGCAUGUCCAGAGAAGAAUCUAAUCCCACUUCCAUUGCUUAAGAAAAGGUCUGAUUGUUCCAUUGGCUAGACUCUACUAUAGAGUACAGCAGCCUGUGUUCUGUUCUGCUCUGUUUGGCUACCUAGAAAGUCUUUUUGGGUGCGAGAAUAAUGGAGAGGAGUUUUGUGUACGAAAAUGGGAUUGUGAUGACCAGAGACCCAAAACCGAGGCUGAGAUGGACGGCUGAUCUCCAUGAUCGAUUUGUAGACGCCGUUAAUAAACUUGGUGGCCCUGAAAAAGCAACUCCCAAAGCUGUCUUAAGGCUAAUGGGAUUAAAAGGUUUGACAUUGUACCAUUUAAAAAGCCAUUUACAGAAGUACAGACUUGGGCAGCAGGCUCGGAGACAGAAUUCAGUAGUGCACAGCAAGGAAAGUAAUGGCUGUUCAUAUGUACAAUUUGGUAGUCAUUCCUCAGUGACUACUAGCACAACUUCAUCAAGAGGUGACAAAGAACAAUGUGAAAUCCCAACUACAGAAGCACUAAGGCAUCAGAGUGAAGUACAAAAAAGAUUAGAAGAGCAGCUUGAGGUUCAGAAGAAACUACAGAUGAGAAUAGAAGCCCAAGGAAAGUACUUACAGGCCAUACUAGAGAAAGCUCAAAAGAGCCUCUCACUUGACAUGAACGGGCCUGGUAACAUAGAGGUGGCCAAAGCCCAAUUAACAGACUACAAUUUGGCUCUAUCAAACUUCAUGGAGAGCAUGAGUGAAGUGGAGCAAAAGGCAAGCAUACUUGAUCAAAUGGGCGGGGUUUAUGGAAAAGAAAAUGAAUCAAGUUUCAAGAUUUACGAAGAGGGUAACAAAGAAGACUUUGAAGAUAGUAAGCUCAAAGAUACCAAUACCAAUACCAUACAUUUUGACUUAAACACCAAAAGUGGGUAUGAUUUUGUAGGUGCUAAUGGACUUGAAUUUGAACCCAAAAUGCUUUUUGAUGGAAGAUAGUAAAUUUUAAUGAAAAUUUUUACCCUCCAUUCUAUAGUUGUUGCUUAUUAUUAUUUUUAUUUUUGGCCAACUUAGUUGCUUACAUUUUGUUACUCCUUGUGGUUAGAUAAAUUAUAUACGUAAUAUAUUUUUCAAUGUGAAUCCAAAUAACUCUCUUGUUAUUGGAAAACUCCAGGUCCAUUUUCCUUAGCAAUUGUUUGAAUAGGUCACAUUAGACCAUACUAAUUGAUUAUUAAUGUUACAUUCAA